AUGGCUCGUGUAUCUAACGUACCCUUCGUUACAUCUCAGCCGACUCAAUUCGAUAUUCACAGUAAUUUUGGAAUGUUUCCUGGCGAACGCUUACUUUAUCAUUGUGAAAUGAAAACCGGCUGCUGUGGACUUGGUGAUCAUCAUACUACUAGUCUAACUGAUACGCGCUAUAUAGGACGUACUAAAUUUUAUGUUUGUUGUGGUUGUUGCUGUAAAAAGCCGUAUAAUGAUCAUUGUAUAUAUUUACGUGAUGUUGCUCGAAUCGAUGAAGUGAGAACUAGAGCUUGCUGCUGCAAAUUCUGUACAGAAGAGUGCAUCUUAUGUUGCUGUUGUUGUUUUAUGUCGACAAAACGCCUUCGAUUAAGUGGAUCAUUUGGCUCGCAGCUGAUUUAUAUUUCCGACAAAGAGACAUCUGAGUUUGAAAGUAUGAUCACAGAGACAAUCGCUCAAUAUAAACUACCGAAUCGACAUUAG